GUGGUGCAAGCGGCACGGGGUGGAGCCACAGCGGCUGAUGGAGAUGGCAAAGCUGCACCGCCAGUUCACACAAAUCCUGCUCUCCACUCGCCUGCUGCGAUCCCCAGCACAGAGGCGGCAGCAAAUGCAGCAGGGGAGGAAGCGUGGUCGGUGGGACAGAGAAGGGAGUGAGGCGGGUGAGGGGGGCCUGGGGGGUGACAGGAAUGGAGCGAGGCACAGCAGAUGGGAUCGGGACGAGCGGCGGCAGCAGCUGAUGCAAGUCCAGCGUAUGCGGCAGGCGAGGGAGAGGGGCCAGAAGCAGCUGCGCCUCAGGGCACACAAUGACGAAGAGGAGGAGGAGGAGGAAGGAGGAGGGAGUGGUGAGGAGGGGAUUGCAGGUGCCGCUCUGUACCCCAACAUAGCCAUUGCCGAUGCGCACAACGGCAUGCGGCGAGAGAGCGACCAGUUCUUCCACACGCUCCACGUCAACAGCGCGUGCAUCCACCCGUGCAGCAGCCUGUGCGGCUCAGAUGCUCCCAUCACUGCGAGCGAGCUACUAGUGUACGGCACUCUCUUGGAAACCACCAAGCUCUAUCUCUCCAAUCUGCCUCUGCAUCAGUACGCUGCUUGCUUCUCCCUCUUUCUGUCCCUCGUUCUUGCCUGCUUCUUGGAACUGCCAAGUUCAUGCGUGUCUGCCUGCUGUCUUUCUCUCCCGUGUUCCCCCCCCACAGAUGCGCAUACCAUCGCUGCCAGCGCUGCUGCUCACGAAUCUCUCCAUAGACGCCUCGUCAUGGACGAAGCUCGCAGGCUGCUCGUGACAGCAAUGACCAUCCGUCAGGACAUCGCGUCUCUCCUCCACCAGCGCCUCUCAGCGUUGCGCCCUCACACCCUGCCACAGCAGCAGCAGACGCAGCAGCAGCAGCAUCAGAGCCACGCCAGUGAAUUUCAGAUGUACAGCCGCACAUCACACGAAGCCGUCACCCAGGCACCAGCGCUCUGUGAGUGGACCUCUGGCUGCCAGGGUGCUGGGGAGGAGCAGCAAGGGGAGCAGGAGGAGGGGCAGGAGGGUGAGGAGAAGGGGGAAGAGGAGGACGGGGGUGCGGAUGCGCAGGUGAAGGAGCUCGCAGGUCGCAUUGCCACCUUCCUGCAGUCCCCUGUGCCCUUCUCCUGCCGCCAGCUCACUCCCAUGGCCGCUGCUGCCCUACUCUCCCAUACGGCUGUCUCAGCAGCUCCAGCCAACGGUGGAGCACAUGAUGGCACACAUAGAAUUGCUAGUGCUGAAAUCGGGGCAACAGAGACUAGGGAUGGUCGGCAGAAAAGCACUGGGCAGGCAGUGACAAAUGCAGCAGUGAAUGCAGUGCAAACUGCGGAAGGGAGUGUAGCGGUGGCAACGGCAGAAGCACUGGUGGAGGAGGCAGAGGCAGCACUGCGGGCAGCAGAGGCGUCCAAGAGCGGGAAAGCUAUCAUCAAGGGCGGCAUUCUCGUGACGCCAUUCCUGCGCAUCGGGUCAAUUCCCUCGCAUGAGACAAACGUCGCCACACAGGCGUCGCUGCACAUGCGCAGCCACUGGCAGUGCCCGCUCUGCAGUGGCAAGCUCAUCCUCACUCUCCCUGAAACUGUCGACCACCUGCGCGCAUGUGACUUCCUUCCUUUCUUCUGGUUCCCUUCCGCUGCUGCUGCUGCUGCCGCUGCUUCUCUCCCUGGCACAAUCGGAAGCAGCAAAGCUGUAUCAGGGCAGGCGGGAGAGAGCGGGGAAGAGAGCGAUGGGUCUGAUGAUGAUGAUGAUGAUGAUGAUGAUGAUGAUGAUGCCCUUGCUGCUGAUGGCGAGGAGGAGGAGGAGGAGGAGGAGGAGGAGGAGGAGGAGGAGGAGGAGGAGGAGGAGGAGGAGGAGGAGGAGGAGAGGGACGAGGGUGACAGUGAUUACAGCGAAGGUGCUCCUGUUGCGGCCAUGCAAGAAGGGGCGGAGGUUAAUGGCAGGACAAGUGGGACGUGCCAGGCAGGAAUGCUGUUGGGGGUUGAGGGGUUGCGGGAUGCAGAACAGCAGGGGGAGCAGGGGGUGAGUGGAGGACGAGGAGGAGGAGGAAGGGAUGGAGGGGAGGGUGGCGGGGAGAGGGAAGAGCAUGUGCAAGGGGUGUGUGAGCGGGUGAAGCGAUGGGUGAAUGCGUAUGUGCUGGGGUUGGCAGGCAGAGCACGGAGCAAGGGGAAGAACCACAUCAAGGGUGAACCGGUGGCGCACAUGGCUAUGGAGCUCCGCACCCCCAUCGUCUACUACCGCCCUGACGGCCCCUCGCGCUACCUCAAGGUGUACGUGUACCAUGCACGAGCCAUGCCAGCUGUCGCAAAGGCAUUAGUGGAGGCAGCAGAGAAGAACCUCAUGGCGUCUGAGGGCCUGCAGUGGCCACGUGGCAGUGAGCCUUUUGAGGAUAACAUCAAGCUGCCCAUGCGGUUCCUCGCAGAGACCUCUCUGGCCGGGGGGGCGUGGUGUGUGCUGCACGCACCACACAUACUGCCGGCGCGGCCCUCUGCUGCUGCAGCACCAGCUCCUCCCGCACCGCCCUCUCCUUCGCCCUCUCCGUUUCAUUCAGCACCAUCGACUGUGCCACCCAACACGGCAGAAUCACAUCUCCCUGGCAACAGCACUGCAGUUCCCAGCCGCACUUUGACUCUCACUCACUGCCCUCAGUGCAGAGUGGACAUGGCAGCAGCCUGGCUCGGUGGGACCAGCACCGCACAGCACAGCCACAGUCGUGCAUCUGCUGCCAUCGCCUUUGCGCCUGGUGGUGACGGUUGCUCGUCCGUGCGUCCUCUCCGUGCGCGUGUGUCUCGCUGUGCCGUUGAGUGUGUGUCCUCAUGGCGCUCCUUGCAGUCCCUCUCCCCUGAUGUCCUCUCCACUCAUGGCACCCCCGAUGGCGCCCAGGGGGCUUAUGAUGGAAGUGGGGAAGAGAGUGCUGGGUAUUCUGGCAAGGCUGCUGAAGCACCGGAUACUAGGGAGGGAGGGCCCUCGUCUAGUGCGAAAGCCACUGAAACAACUGCAGGUGUUGGCACGGGGGGAGUUGGGGGAAUGGGAGGACUGGCUGAUAGGUCUGUGCUGCAGCUGGCGCCAAUGGUGGUGCUGUGCAUGCAUGUGGUGAGCGGUGCUGGGGGCAGGGUGGCUGCUGGGGCUGCAGGAGGAGUAGCGGGUGGGCAUAGGAAAGAGAAUGGGAGUAGAGGAGGCGUGGGGAGGUUUGGUGCUGGGAGUGGGUUAGGGAGGGGUGGAGGAGAGAGCGGGGUGAAACGGGGGAGAGAGUUGGGGGACGAGGGGCGAGGCGGAGAUGGGGAUGAGGGAGCAGGGCGGGCAAAAAGAGGGAGGGAAACGGUUGCAGAGGGAGGGGAUGCAGUGAGAGAGGAGGAUGGUGGUGGGUUGGGUGAGGCUGGUGAGGCUGGUGACAGAGGUGAGAGGGGUGAGGGGAGUGAGGAGAGGCAGGAGAAGACAGCAACAGCGCGUGGCUUGUUUGGUGUGAGUGCUGGGGAGGGCAGAAACGCGGACGAGACGCAAAGGAGUUCUGAGUCGCCUCCAGCAGGGACAAAGGCAGAGGGUGUUGGCACAGGGUUGCGAGGUGCAGGUGCGAAUGUGUGGUGGCGGCCGCAUGGUGGUGGUGCUGUGAGUGCGAGGGGGAGAGCUGGUGGGGGCUCGGUGGGACUCGGAGGUAGGGGGGAUGUGAGCAGUGGGGGUAAGGAGAGCGGGGGAAAGCAUGGUUCAGGCAGAGGGAAGGGGCAGGGGAAUGGCAAGGGGAAAGGGAAAGGGAAGGGGAAGGGGAAUGGGAGAGGGGGGAGAGGAAGCGGAGGAAGAGGAGGUGUAGGAGGGAGGAUGAGUCCUGUUUCAGGAGGGAGUGAGAGAGGUGGCGGAACAGAGCGAGCCGAGAGGAUGGAGAGGCCUUUUCACUGGUGGUUUGGGCUGCGACCAGCGGAGGGGAAGGAGCAGAGUGGAAGCAGUGGCGACACCAGUCAUGUCCGCUCCACUCCUCCUGUUCAUACCACCCCACCUUCACAUGCCACCCUGCGUUCACAUGUCACCCCGCCUUCUACCUCUAGUCACCCCUCCCCUGCGUCCUCUUCCCCCCAACCCCCCCACACCACCAUGGCAUCCACCUAUCAUCUUCCUCCACCCUCUCCCUCCCCGCCCGCCACCUCACAAUCCGCCCCAGACGCCCCUCGUCCCCCCCUCCAUUCCCCCCUCCCCCCUUCACGCGUCCGCUCGCCUUCCCCUGCGCAGUCUCCCCUUCCGCCUCCCCUUCACUCUCCCCUCCCCUCCCCCCUGCCUGCUCCGCCUGCCCCCUCCGCUGGGGACAUUGAAUCGCUAGGGCUCAUGCUUGGGGGGGGCACCACUCAGGCUAGUCGGGAUCCCAUCCUUGCUAUAGCGCACGUCAUUAGUGGCACAAGGCGGGUGGGAGGGAGAGGGAAAGGGGUUAGAGUAGGGAUGGUGGAAGGGAUAGGUGGAGGAGGGGAGAGUGGGGAAGAAAGGGAGGGUAGAGAGAAAAGGGAGGGUGGAACAAUGGAGCAUGGCUGUAUGGAAGACAGAGAACGAGGGUUCGAGCAUCGGGUGUUGAUUUUCACCCAUUCUACUGCUACUGGCGCUGCUUCUGGCGCUGCAGGUGGCGCCGCUGGUGGUAGAAAUGCUGCGGCAAGCGAGGGGUAUGAGGGAAUCUAUGCUGCAAGGGAACUGGAGGGCACAGAGGCGGAGUGGUGCAGGGAGGGGUAUGAGGGCGUGGGGUUUAUGAACAGUGAGAUGUAUGGCUGGGGGCUGCAGCGCGAUCAGGAGAGGGCGCGAGAGAGAAGGCAGGAGAGGGAGAAGGAGCAGGUGCUGGGAGGAAGGGAGGAGGUGCGGGUGUAUAGGAGCGAGAGGGAGAUGUUGGAGCAGUGGCGGCGGUUCUUUGUGUACGAGCUCGACCCCGAUGUGGUGGUGGUGUUCCAGGCCCGUGACAGCUGGCAGGUCCUCAAGGAGCGGUGGGCGGCACUGGGACUAGGGGAGCUGGACGUGGGAAGGCGAGGGGAUGGGGAAGAAGAGGAGGAGGGAGAGACUGGGGAGGAGCGGGAGGCGGAGGGGACGGGAGAGCAAAGGGCAACGGCACGUGCGGAAGAGGGGCAAGGAGGGCGUGCAGGAGGAGGCAAGAGGCGAGCAAGCAAGGGCAGUGGGCCAGUAGGAGGAGGAAGAGGGGGUGAGAAUGAGAAGCAGCGUGGGCGAGGGUUGGUGGUGCGGGGUGUGGUGACGUAUGGCAAGCAGUGGGUGCGGCAGCAGCUGCGCAUGUCCGCCACCUCCAACCAAGAGACCUUCCAGGUGCGAGUGGAGGGGCGGUGCAUGUUGGACCUGCUGCGAGCCAUCCUCACGUCGCAAACCCUCUCCACCUUCUCCCUGCACGAGUGCUGCCAGGUGUUCCUCAAGCGGCCACUGGAGCUGCUGUCGCCGGCGUGCAUCGCUGCCAUGUGGGGCGGUGGUCUGGGAGGGCGCCCACGCCUGCUGCGCUACGCUGCUGAGUAUGCCAAGGUGGUGCACUUGCUCCUGCAGUCGCAGCAAACCCUAGCGGAGACAGUGGAAAUGGCACGAGUCACAGGGCUGUUGCUAUCGGAUGUACAGUACCGGGCACAAAUGGCACGAGUACACAGCCUUCUCCUCCGCACUGCCGGCCCCCACGGCUGGCUGCUAGGCGGUGCCGACCCCUCCGGGAACCUCACGCAGUCGCCCUUCCUGCUGCACCCCAAGGAAGCGCGCACGGCCGGUCUGUACCGCUCUGAACCGGUGGCCGUGCUGGACUUUGCGUCGCUGUACCCGUCGAUCUUUGUGGCGUACAACCUGUGCUGCUCGUCGCUGCUACACUUGGGGGACAGGCACCGCGUGCCCGAGGAGCAUGUGUUUGUCAGCCCAACAGGAGCAGCGUUCACGCGGGCAUCACUGCACCGCGGUGUGCUCCCCCGCAUCUGCGCCGCUCUCAUCGCCGCUCGCAAAGACACGCAGCGCCGCCUCUCCACACCACCACACGCUCCCCGCACAGGAGGAGAGGGAGCCAUGGCUGUGGGUGGGACGGCAGCAACGGGGGCAGAGGCGGUGAUGAGUGCGGAGGAGCGGGCGGCACUGGAUGGGCGGCAGCGGGCGCUGAAGCUGUGUGCGAACGCGCUGUACGGGUUCACGGGGUCCAAUGCGUCUCCUCUGCGCACCGUGGCUGUUGCCGACUCCUGCCUCGGCCUGGGUGCAGCUGCGUGCAUGCAUGCCAAGGACGCAGCUUCCCAGGUCUUUCCCGGGGCAUGUCGGGUGAUCUACGGGCAGACAGACAGCAUCUUUGUUCUCUUCCCUGGGAAGACCCCAGCCGAGACGGCAGCAAUGGGAGCGGAGCUAGCAUGGCGCCUGUCGGAGCUCUUCCCUGCCCCCAUGGCAGUGAAGCUGGAGCGGGUGCUGUGCCCCUUCAUGCUGCUCCAGGUCAACCGCUAUGCAGGACGACAAGUCUUCCCUGUGCCAUCUCCCCCACCACCUCACCAGCACCAAGGCAGCACCCCAGCAGCAGCAGCAGCAGCAGCAGCAGGAUCAGCAGCAGCACAAGAAGAAGAAGAAGAAAAGGACAUGUCGCAGCUGCUGGUGAAGGGCAUUGAGACGGACCGCAGGGACGUGCCGCUGUUUGUGCGCGCCACGUGUCGCGCCGUGAUUCGCCGCAUCCUUCUGGAUGGUGACGUGGCAGCGGCUGCACGAGAGGCGAGGGCGGCCGUGGUUCGGCUGAUGACGGGCGGAUGUAGCAUGUUCGAGCUCAUUAUGACAGGGGGCCUGUGGCGAGUGAACGACAGUGACCUAUCCGCCAUCGCACAGCAGACAGCAGCAGCAAGUGCAGCUGCGGCAGGUAGAGCAUCCAGAGGCCUCGACUCCCCUCAGCGACCAGAGGCAGCAGCAGGCGGGGGAGCAGGGAGAGCGGGGGCCGGGCCGGCGACGGCUGAGGAGGGCCGGGGCCCACAUGUGGCUCUCGCUGCUCGUCUCAAGGCGCGCGAUCCUGACCGUCGGUUUCUUAUUGGGGAGCGGAUUCCAUACAUUCUUCUUGACAAUGGUGCAAGGCUGCAGGCUCUCACUCCUCCCCUCCCCCCACCCUCUCACCCUCACACUCGCUUCCCCCUGAUUCAGAUUUUCCAGCACCUCCUCUCCCCAGAGGACAUGGCAUCUAUCUUUGCACCAGUCCCCUCGUCCCAGCGCCCUGCCAUGCCUCCUGCCUUCUCCACCUCCUCUCCCUCCGCUGCUCCACUGUUCACCUCACCGCACGCCACCUUUGCAUCUGGGAGAGCACCAGGGCAGCAGCAAUCUGCAAUGACGACUUUCUACAAGAAGCAGGCUGCAUGCCUCGCGUGCAGGUGA